GAGGAUGGAGGGCGCCGCGGUGAACCUGCGGGGUCUGUACGAUCAGCUGGUGCGCCAGGCCGAGGUUUUGAGCGAGGGGAGCGAAUUCCAGUUCCUCCAGCUGGCCAGGAACUUCGAGGAGUGCCGGAGGAGGUGGCAGAGGACGGAGCAGGAGCUGGGCAGGUACAAGGACCUGCUGAUGAAAACGGAGGCCGAGCGCAGCGCCCUGGACGUGAAGCUCAAACACGCCAGGAACCAGGUGGAUGUGGAGAUCAAACGCAGGCAGAGGGCUGAGAUGGACUGUGAGAAGCUGGAGCGGCAGAUCCAGCUGAUCCGGGAGCUGCUCAUGUGUGACUCCUCGGGCAGCAUCCAGCUCAGCGAGGAGCAGAAGUCUGUCCUGGCCUUCCUCAACAGGCCCAAGGUCUCCGUGGGGGGCUCAGGCAGCAAAAGGCUGUCCACAAUAGAUGAAUCUGGCUCCAUCCUGUCAGACAUCAGCUUCGACAAGACCGAGGACUCGCUGGACUGGGAUUCCUCCGUGGUCAAAGCUGUCAGGCUGAAGAGGAGGGAGAAGAGGCGCUCCUCCAGGCAGUUCACCGAAGGCCCCCCGGGUCCUCAGAAGAAAUCCAGGUCCAUCAGCAGCACAGCAGAGCAGGCCAACGAGUCCAUCGUAGCCAAGACCACCGUGACGGUGCCCAACGACGGGGGCCCCAUCGAGGCCGUUUCCACCAUCCAGACCGUGCCCUUCCCUCGCAGGAGCCGCAGGAAGAGCGGUGCUCUGCAGGCCUGGAGCAGCGAGUCCAGCGUGGGCAGCAAGCAGCUGGAGCCCAGGGUGGACACUGAUGGCUCCAGCACCCCCCAGCACCACGGGGGGGUGAGGCUGCACGACUUCGUCACCAAAACGGUUAUCAAGCCAGAAUCGUGUGUCCCCUGUGGGAAGAGGGUGAAGUUUGGGAAGAUCUCCCUCAAGUGCAGGGACUGCAGGGUGGUGGCUCACCCCGAGUGCCGGGAGCGCUGCCCCCUCCCCUGCAUCCCCACCCUGGCAGGGACUCCAGUCAGGAUUGGAGAGGGGACCCUGCUGGAUUUUGUGCCUUCCACUCCUCCCAUGAUCCCUUCCAUCAUCGUGCACUGUGUCAAUGAGAUCGAGCAGCGAGGGCUGCACGAGACCGGCCUCUACCGCGUCCCCGGCUGCGACAAGACCGUGAGGGAGCUGAAGGACAAGUUCCUCAGGGCCAAGAGCAUCCCCCUGCUCAGCAAGGUGGACGACGUCCACGCCGUCUGCGGCCUCCUCAAGGACUUCCUGCGCAGCCUCAAGGAGCCCCUGCUCACCUUCCGCCUCAACAAGGCCUUCAUGGAGGCUGCAGAGAUCCCAGACGAGGAUAACAGCGUGGCUGCCCUGUACCAGGCGGUGGGAGAGCUGCCCCAGGCCAACAGGGACACCUUGGCUUUCCUCAUGCUCCACCUGCAGAGGGUGGCUCAGAGCCCUGACACCAAGAUGGACAUCUCCAACCUGGCCAAAGUGUUUGGCCCCACCAUCGUGGCCCACGCCGUCCCUGACCCCGACCCCGUGACCCUCCUACAAGCUCAGCUGUGCCCAGAGCCAGCCAGGGAAAAGAAGGAAAACCAAAUGAGCAUCCUGGGCCCCCUCACCACCCCGGAGCAGAAGCUCUCCAAGACUCCCUCCUCCAGCUCCCUGUCCCAGAGGGUCCGUUCCACCUUCAGCAAAACCACCCCCAGGUUUGGCAGCAAAAGCAAAUCCACCCUCCAGCUGGGCCCCCAGGGCAACUUCUUUGCCUCUCCCCUGCUGAAGUGAAGCCCUGGGAUGGAGCUGGUCCCCUCCUGGCAUUUUGCACUCCAACAAAUCCAACAAAUCCAACCAAUAAUCCAACCAGAAGUGCAGGUUCUCUCCGCGGGCUCCCCCCCCCUUUGAUGUCCUGAGAUGUUUUUUGCCCUUUUAUCUUUUCAGCUUCGCUGAGAGCCCCUUUUUAAUGGGAUUUUCUUGUGCAAUUGUGGUUUUUAAUUAAUGCUGUGCUGGCUGUGGAGUCAACACAACGAGCAGGGUUUGAUCAUUAAAGCUCUGGAGGAACCGGUGACAUUGUCACUC